AUGCCGAUUGAUAUUUCGAGAGAUGAUGAGGAAAAUAAUACAAUAACUGUUUAUAGCUACCAAUUUGGCGUUGAGAGGUUGACGGUCAAAGCCGACGACGUAACCGAUGAGAUCAGAAAUUCGAAUGCGAUUCGUUACACACGAGACAAUUUUAUGAAUGUUAGGGUGAAACCAAUAUACUACGCGAUGUCGAAAACGGGUUUAGUUAAUUUGAAAGUUCGCUAUAAUCGCGGCAUCGAGAUCAAAACUUAUGGAUUGUGCGGCUACUUGGAUUCCCGCAGCGAAAUUUCUGAGAAUAGCCAUUUAUACAUCUGGACGGAUAUCAUUGGCCUUAUUCGACUCACGCAUCGAGAUCGUAGAUUGCUCGCCCAAAAACGUUGCAUAGACGAGUCGGUGGUGUUCGCGCCAAUUCGUUUGGUGACACUAACAGUUCGCGCCGAGUUUCAAUUAAACAUUCCUGACAACUAUCAUCCAAAAUGGGUAAUUUCUUCGAUCCAUCCAAUUGUUGAAGUAUCUUCGGUUCGAAAUGAGGCGUUGGUUGUCCCAGGCUCGAAAAACUCGCGAAGAUAUGAAGCUUUAAUCAUCGGACCAUUGAAGGUUGUUAUGGUUGUGACCUGUGAGAGACUACUUAAUUAUUCGCCGAAAACUUGGCCGCCAUCGAUUGAUCGCCUUCAAAAAAUGUAUCAGGGAAAAAGAGAUGAAUUGCAAAAAAAACUGAGGCCUGAUUACCACGAUAACAUUAAUCUCGAAGAACUGAUGGCGUUCGAUCCCGACGAAAAUGAAACGAAGAGCCUUUUUAAUCCAACUCUCUCAAAACUCCGCAAACCAAAAUUCGGCUCGUUUGAAAUUUGA